AUGAACAAAGUGUCAAAUGCCGCGCUACUGACAGGAACAAGUCAGAACGCAGGAACCAGAAGAACGCAGUCCCCUGCUUCAGCCGUGUGGCAUUUCAACAACAGUGCGACUUAUUCUGGCGCACGAACGUUUCCUUCGCCUUCAGUCUUUAAAUACAGCCGGCAGACGCUCAGCCUGCACCGCCUUUGUCAACAGCUUACGGAUGGGCAGCAGAAUGUGCUACAGGUUGAUAAGGAGGACACCGGCGCUGCGAACGCCCUGCCUGCAGCAGGGAAGCACCCAGAAAGAACUUGCAAUGCGCAGGAGAGUUUCCCCUCAACCUUCACCGGGGGCUUCACGCUCCCGGCGACGUGCGUGUCCCUUCCCGAACAUGAAAGUGACGAUGAUUCCUAUGAAGUGUUGGAUUUAACAGAGUAUGCACGGCGUCACCAUUGGUGGAAUCGUGUGUUUGGCCGGAAUUCAGGACCAAUUGUAGAAAAAUAUUCCGUAGCUACCCAGAUUGUGAUGGGCGGCGUGACUGGCUGGUGUGCGGGAUUUUUGUUCCAGAAAGUCGGAAAGCUUGCAGCAACUGCAGUAGGUGGUGGCUUUCUUCUGCUUCAAAUUGCUAGUCAUAGUGGAUAUGUACAAGUUGACUGGAAGAGAGUUGAAAAAGAUGUAAACAAAGCAAAAAAACAGUUAAAAAAGCGUGCAAAUAAGGCAGCACCUGAAAUCAAUACUCUAAUUGAAGAGUCAACAGAAUUUAUCAAACAGAACAUCGUGGUGUCCAGUGGAUUUGUUGGAGGCUUUUUGUUAGGCCUGGCAUCGUAAGGACCUGAACCGUCUCUCCCUGGUGGCAUUCAUGUCGGCAAAGAACAGUUGUGGUGACACGCGCUCUUAAAGCAGUGUGGAUCACUGGGCCUUCCAGAACGGGACGAGUGGACUAGCUAGACGACUUGGAAGCGCUUACAUUUCAGGCUUUUGCCUCUUGAAGCUUGGCAAAACUAGGAUUUGCUGAAAAAAAACAACUGUGCAGUGUGCUCAUUAUAGCAUUUCUGGGCAAAACUGGUUCAUCUUCAUCAUGACUGUUUUUAUCUAUGACCUUUCAAGAUUUAGCAUUUUUAAAAAUGUUAUUCUUGGAAUAUAGAUAUGUAGUCAUACUUUAAGAAAGCAAGCUCCAUUCCUGUGUUUUCAUUUAAAUAUUGUUUAUUUUAAAAGUAUUUUUCUUCAUGCUGUAGUAAAUAGUAUCAAUGACUACAUAAUGUAUAUGAUAUUGUAGUUUCAGCCUCAUGGCUGUCCAUGUUCUUUAGAAGUCACUGCAAUAAUCUAUCAAUCUGUAAUACCUUUUUACAGAGUAUUAAAUAACAAAGAAUCAUGAGCUUAUUAAAGGUGAAAA